ACAAUAAACCUAUUCCUCCAUGGACACCACUCUCACUCCAAUCUCUCCCAUAUAUACCAAUGAUACCAAUCACAGCAUACCACCAACACAUUCUUCUCUGUCCGAUUCCGAUUCCUCUCUUUUCUCUCGAAUCUAAUAGAGUCGUCCAUGAAGAAGGACGCUAAGAGGUCCGGAUUCAUCAUCCCCUUCCCUCUUCUCGGCAGGAGGAAGAGCAAACCAGAGAGAAUCGCAGAUGAGUGGAUUCACGUGCAAGGAAACCCUAGAGAGCGCGACGACGAAGAAGAAGAUGAUGAGAAACAGACGCGGGAAAGGAUCGAUCAGGUGAUUUCUGUUCUGCUCGGCGUUUGCUCGGUUUUGGCCCUUGUGAACUACUUUGCCGCCAUUAAUGGCGGAUUGAGCUUGAGCGCCGCAGCUGUUGUGUUCUUCAACUUCUGCGUAGCUCUGAUUGGCUUUACUCUCGCUUUGCUGUUGAGGGAUUUACACGCGAUUCGGUGUGGGAUGCAGAGGGCUGAUCAAAUCGCAGGCUUGCCCUAAUUGUGCAUUUUGAAUUUUCCAUGUUAUUCUUUUUUGCUUUUAGGUUUUCAAUUUUCUAAUUGUAUUAAAAUAUUUUAUCAAAACUAGAGAGUCUUUUGUGAUUGGAGUGCGGUGAUUUCUUGAAGACGCAGCUGAAAAAGCUCAAUAUAUACCAUCCCAUCAAGGUAUUUUGUAAAUGCUCAUUCACAAAUAAUUGAUUCAAAAAAUUAAAAAAAUUAGUUUGGG